AUGCCGAGCGAACAAGUAGUAACGACUUUGCCGCUGGCCGAAACGCAUAUUACGGCCACGCCGCAGAUCAAGCUGUGCGGGACAUGUCAUAGUCCGCUCACAGACACGCCCGAGCUCGUGUUUGUCGGUCCCGCCAGCCCCGGCGACGUUUUCAACCCCAGCCCUUUUUGCGGUGUCUGUGCUGAGCGCGCCCGCUCAUUUGACGUGUUUGCAAAUCCCCUCGGUCCUCGUCUGCGCCGACAGUCCACACUUGCCCCCAUGGUCGAGGAGCCGACCGAGUAUACCGAGAGCCAGCACCCGCCAGCGACGACGACGACGACGAUGGCAACGACAACAACAGCAACACUACCAGCGCACGAUCCGCAUGUACAGUCUCCCCAACGCAUGGACCUCUCGCCGCUCACGAUUGGGUCGGGCCCUGACCGCGAACACCCUAGGGACUCGGCGCUUCGCUCUCGUUCCGCUGCCCUUUCUGAACCGGAUCCGUACGCCGACGUAACCCGGCUCAGAUUAAACAACACCCGCCAGGACUGCCUCUACCCUGGUGCCUCCUUCGUGGGCAUCCAGAAAUCCGGCCGAAACUCGUACAACGUCUCGGUCACAAUCGUGAAUGUCGACUUUCCGGGCUCAACGCUUUGCGGGUACCUCACCAUCGAGAACCUCACCGAUGACCACCCGCAGCUUACCACCUACUUUGAUGCAGAGAUCAUCGGCCCUAAGUAUGGCUUUCUCACACAGAGCUAUGGCGCCUCUGAGAUGGACGAUAUGACCCAUUGGGGCCGCUUCGACUCGUUUAGAGCCAUCAAAUCCGAAAUGCGUCGCCCCGGACUUACUAUCCGCCAAAAGUCUCUCUCUGAACGCGGAUUCGUAUUUAUGCGCUGGAAAGAGAGGUUUUUGGUCCCAGAACACCAAGUCCGUGGAAUUCGUGGGGCGAGCUAUGACGGCUUUUAUUAUGUCUGCGUUCAAUUGAAUUCGCCCGCCGAGUCUCCGUCUGCGACGCACAGUCAUCCAUUCCGCGAACCGACAUCACCUGUCCAGAGUUACCAUCCUCUCCCCCACCUCCCACAUAGUCAACCCCAUCACACACAUUCCCAUGUACCUCCAACGCGCACGCGAACCAUGUCAUCCGCGUCUGCCAAUUCGGCACGAUCGCCCGGUCCCAUGUUGCCCGAAGUUCUCCAAUCGGCCGAAGAGUUCCCGCCCCUGUCGCCGACCAGUUCACGCCGCACGUCCCAAUCCCAGCCUCCACAACCUCAAAUCCACACUCAAAAUCUCAAUCACCGAGCGACGUCUCCUACGAGCCCACGUAUUACUCGCUCCCGAGAGAGUUUUAGUGGGCAUGGAGGGGGGCGUGGACCGAGAACUUCGACGGCCACGAUGACUGGAUUCUAUUUCCAUCAGAAUUCAGAACCGUACCAACAACUUACGUUACACCACGUACCCGAAAGGACGACCUCGGUAUUUGAGUUCUGCUAA